AUGGAGUGCGCAUAUGAACAUUCAAUAUAUCACAUCAAGAGACUGUCAACAAAUACAUUGCCAAACCAGAACCUUCCCCCGGUACUUCUAAUAUCAGAGCAGGAGAAAUUCAAAGAAGGUGAAUUAUUUCGUGAAUAUGUUCAUGCACGUCGGCUAGGUUCUAUGGAAUUUAUGUUUCUGUUGUUAGGAGGAACAAUAUGUAAUUCAUCAGUUCAAGUAAAAUGUAUUGUGAUUGACCCCGUCGCUCAACCAAAUUGGGAACCAUUAGACAAUGUAAUUUGCAAGAGUUACAUUUGGGCAAUAUGA